CAGUACAAUUCCUUUCACACGCUGUCAUUUACCAAAAUAGCCUUCUACAACCAAAACUUCGAUACCCAAUAAAAUGGAUCUAACCAAUAAAAAGGGUUAGUUCCAUUUCAUUUCUACUGAACAAAAUCAAAAAGCCGAAGUUGCAGCGAUUUUCAUAGCAAUCAAAAAUGGUGCAUUCGUUCAAGUAUAUCAUCAUUGGAGGAGGAGUUUCAGCUGGUUAUGCAGCAAGGGAGUUUGUGAAACAAGGAGUUCAUCCUGGGGAGCUUGCAAUUAUAUCUAAAGAAGCGGUAGCACCUUAUGAACGUCCUGCUCUGAGCAAGGCUUACCUUUUUCCAGAGUCUCCUGCUAGGCUUCCUGGGUUCCAUACCUGUGUUGGAAGUGGGGGAGAAAGAUUGCUUCCAGAGUGGUACAGUGAGAAAGGGAUACAGCUGUAUCUCAGUACAGAAAUUGUAAGUGCAGAUCUUGCUGCAAAAUUUCUGAAAAGUGCAAACGGAGAACACUUCGAUUACCAGACUUUGGUUAUCGCAACAGGCUCAGCUGUUAUAAGGUUGACAGAUUUCGGUGUAAUAGGAGCUAAUGCCAAAAACAUAUUUUACCUUAGGGAGGUUGAUGAUGCUGACAAAUUGUACGAGGCAAUCAAAAGAAAGAAGAAUGCGAAAGCUGUGGUUGUUGGAGGAGGAUACAUUGGUCUGGAGUUGAGUGCAGUUUUGAAACUCAAUGAUCUUGAUGUUACCAUGGUCUACCCAGAACCUUGGUGUAUGCCACGACUUUUUACUUCUGAAAUUGCUGCUUUCUAUGAGGGAUAUUAUGCCAAUAAAGGGAUCAAUAUCAUUAAAGGGACAGUUGCUGUUGGAUUCACUGCCAACUCCGAUGGAGAGGUAAAAGAAGUCAAACUAAAGGAUGGUAGGGUCCUGGAAGCAGAUAUUGUCAUUGUUGGUGUUGGAGGAAGGCCUCAAAUAUCCUUAUUCAAAGGGCAGGUUGAAGAGCAGCAUGGUGGAAUCAAGACUGAUUCCUUCUUCAAAACAAGUGUUCCUGAUGUAUAUGCCGUUGGUGAUGUUGCUACGUUCCCUUUGAAAUUGUACAAUGACGUGAGAAGAGUUGAACACGUUGAUCAUGCUCGCAAAUCAGCUGAGCAGGCUGCAAAGGCCAUCUUUGCAGCAGAUGUAGGAAAAUCAGUUGAAGAGUAUGAUUACCUUCCAUACUUCUAUUCCCGUUCGUUUGAUCUGUCCUGGCAAUUCUAUGGCGACAAUGUUGGUGAGACAGUGCUAUUUGGAGACAACGAUCCUGCAUCAUCAAAGCCUAAAUUUGGGACAUACUGGAUUAAAGAAGGGAAAGUUGUUGGGGCCUUUUUGGAGGGUGGAACUCCUGAUGAGAAUAAAGCUAUUGCCAAAGUUGCAAGAGCCAAGCCUGCAGUGGAGGAUGUGAAUCAACUUGCAGAGGAAGGCCUUUCUUUUGCAAGUAAAAUUUAAUGAUAUUCUUGGGAAGGAUAAAUUGUUUGGUGAUUCCACAGAACAUAUUCGUAUUGGUUUCUUUUUGCUAUAGGUUAUAUCUUAGGGAACUUGUGUUUCUUUGUUUUAAAUAUGAUGGUGUGGGAUAUGCUUUACGCUGUGUACUGAACCAAAAAAUAAAAUCCCUUAGAAAUAAGACCUUAUUGGCAUUUGGUUUGCA